GUGCUAUUGGCGUGGACUGCUAACCACAGCUAGCCCCAAGAAAGGUGUUUUUCUCACUGGAACACAUGAAAGCCGACAGGGAAAUGAAGCGCCUUUUUGUGGGUGGCCUUACCCAAGCGAUUUCUCAGGCUGACCUACAAAAUCAGUUCAGCAAAUUUGGAGAAGUUUCUGAUGUAGAGAUCAUCACACGGAAAGAUGAACAAGGAAACCCACAGAAAAUAUUUGCAUAUAUCAACAUCAGCGUAUCAGAAGCAGACCUAAAAAAAUGUGUGUCUGUUUUAAAUAAAACAAAAUGGAAAGGUGGAACACUACAAAUUCAGCAGGCGAAAGAAAGCUUUUUGCACAGACUGGCCCAAGAGAGAGAAGCUGCAAAAGCUAAAGAAGAAAAUCCAAAAAUGGGAAACACUGACUUAAAUACAAAGAUGGGAACAAUCGAUUUGAAUAUGAAAGCGGUUCCAGGAACAGAAGUACCAGGACAUAAAAAUUGGGUUGUGAGUAAAUUUGGAAGAAUCUUACCGGUCCUUCAUCUUAAGAAUCAACGUAAACGAAAAAUCAUAAAAUAUGACCCAUCAAACUUCUGCCAUAACCUGAAGAAGAUAGGGGAGAAUUCUGUAAGCACAAUCCCUAUAACAAACCUUACUUGGCAAUUGGAAGAAAGGAAUGAUCCUAUGAGUAAGAAACGACGAGGAGACUUCACUGACUUUCACAGCCCCCCCAAGAAGUUAAUUAAAGAACAGCAUGACACAGAGUCAUCUGCGUCUGAAGGCGAUGAAGCAUACAAUGAUAUAAUGCAAAACUGUCUUCAUGUCGACCUCACUUUGGCUGAUCUGGAACAGAUGUGUCGCAGUGACCCGGAGCCUCCACGUGAAAGCACUGAGAGUGAUCGCCAGGAAACCACCAGCGACCGGUUUGUCAGGGACUCCAAGAGUCUCAAGACUUCUAACACUCUCUGUAGAGGCAAACCGUGCACGCACGCUGAGAAGAUAGUGAUGUCUCUGUUAGAGGAGAAAAAGAAUAGCUGUAGUGAACAGAAACCAAAAGAAAACAAAUUCCAGGCUUUCAAGGGAAUAGGUUCUCUCUAUGGAAAGGAAUCAAUGAAAAAAUUAUUGAAAGAAAGUAUUGUCUCUAACUAUUUUAAUAAAGACCAGCAUUUCUUGAAACUUGAGGAUCCCAGUAGCAUUUCCAUGGAAAAGGGAUCCUUGUAUGCUGAUAGCUCACUAAGAGAACUGACUUCAUACCAACAUGCAAAGAAGGCAAGUAGCCUAAACCAUACUGAGCUUCAAAACAGGCAAACCUCUUUUGAGAGCCAGGAUCACAAAGUGGUGACUCCGAGCAAAGAAAAGGUAACUUCUAGUCUGUUACCAUUAAAAGGUAAAAAGUCCUUAAAUCUUGGUGUAAAGGUCUACAAAACAGACUUUGAUAAAGAUGGUCACCUGGAUACCCCAGAGAUAGAAGUUGAUUUAGAGGAGAGAAGUGAUUCACACAGGUUUACAUCUGAAAAAUCACCAAACAUCUCUUCAUGGGAAGACAGGCUCAGCUGUGUGCUCAGUAAAAAGGCACAAAAAUGCAAAGGUGAUCUUCCACAUUCUUUGAGUAAUUCAGAUGUUGCUGAGAAUAGGCAUGCUCAAGAUAAUCAGAAGCGGUUGGAAGCCUUGGAUGCAAGACAAAAAGCAAAAGAAAUACAAAAGAAGCUCGUUCAUAAUGCCCUGGCAAAUUUGGAUGAUGAUUCAGAGAUCAAGCCAAUGCAUACUUACUUCAGCUCUGACAGUGAAAGUGAAACAAAAGAGAAAUCCAUUCAGAAACAAAGGUUUACAGGAGAGGAACUUGUGAAGGAAUCCAUUUAUAAAACAUCUGAGAAGCUGUUUGGUAGCAGUGAUGAUGAGGAAUCUGAUUCAGAAGACGACAGUAACAGGUUUAAUAUCAAACCUCAGUUUGAGGGCAGAGCUGGACAGAAGCUCAUGGGUUUGCAGUCUCACUUUGGAACUGAUGACAGAUUUCGAAUGGACUCUCGGUUUCUAGAAAGUGACAGUGAAGAGGAACAGAAAGAAGUAAAUGAAAAGGAAACUGAUAAAGAAGAUGACUGUGCUGCAGAAAAAAAGAAAGCACUGCGUAUUAUGCAGCUAGUUUUGCAUAACACAUUGAGCAGUUCUACAAGGAAAGAAUCAGUAACUGCUAAGAAAUUUAAGGACAUCAUACACUAUGACCCAACAAAGCAUGACCAUGCCACUUUUGAAAGAAAGAUAGAUGAUAAACCAAAAGAAAGUAAAACAAAGCGAAAGAUAAAAAGGAUGGAAGGUGAAAAGCUACCUGAGGUUUCAAAAAAAAUGUACUACCACGUUGCUAAGGAUUUGAAAGAAAGACUCCAAACUUCAGAGGAUAUCAGGGAAAGAAAAGAAAACAUGUCCUGGAAGGAGGACUGCGAUGGAGAUAAAACAGAAGUGAAUAAUGGCCUCACGUUUCUGAAGGACGGGGAUGAGAAACCGUCCGGAUUUACAUUCUCCUUUUUUGAUUCGGGUGCUAAAAAUAUGAAGGAAGAUACCUAUAGAGUAGAAAUAAUGAAACCUCCAAAGAUUGCCUGGCAGGAAGAUCCUUAUUACCAAGACAGCAGCUCAGAAGAGGAAGAUACUACUGAAGAAGCAGAUCACAGGAAGCCCAGUGUGGGAGAAGUAUCAAUACCUAAGGAAAAGACCAGGAGAUUUUUUUUUUUCUGUAGGAAUGAUGAACGACUUUAUGAUUCUGAUUUAUUCUGGAGAGGAACAGAAAGUAUUAUGAGUGGGAAUUCUUGGGAGGCCCGAACAAAUGAUCUGCAUAGGGACUGUCGAAAGAAACAUAAAGAUGCAAAAAGAAAAGUGAAACCAAAAUAGUAAAUGCCACCAUUGCUUAUGAUGCUGAAUGUCAACAGGAUCACCUAAAAAAAUUGGCGUAGAAAAUAAUUUUAGCUGAUAAAGAAAUUUUGCGUGUCAUCCUUGCGCAGGGGCCAUGCUUAUCUUCUCUGUAUCGAUCCGAUUUUGGAAUAAAGAAAUUGUCAGCCCUUU